AUGUAUCUCAACGUGGAAUUUCCCUGGAACGUAGUGGUGCCUGCCGAGCAGCUGUACGGUGAAGGGCUGCUUAUCCAAAGAGCUAUAAUCUUGCAAUUAUUGGAGGACUUCUCAAACUGCAAAUCUACGUUGGAUUACGGGUAUUUCAUGGCUCCUCCUACUGUCUGGGAGUGUAUAGGGGAUGGAAAGGUCAGGCAGGAUUCAGGCGACAUUCUCUUCCCUGUUGUUUUCAACUGUAUCACCUUCAAACCGUUAAAAGGGACAGAUCCUGUGUGGCGUGGUAAACAGGGGCUUUUCCUAUUUUGUGGUUUUCCUUCCACCUACAAAGAUUGGAGAUUGCCGUCACUUCCCUGGUGA